AAUAAGCUUCCCCUCCUCCACAUGUUCAUAUAAAUAAGUCCCCACCAUUCUCAUUUUACUCAAACACUUUCCCACUAACUUUCUUUCUCUCUUCCCAAACACAAUUAUUCUCUACCUCUCUCUCUCUUUAGUCAACAACUUUUCCACCAUCAUCAAUGGCUUCCGCUAGCUCUGCCACUACUCUCAAAACCCUAUCCUUUUCCUCUCCCAAACUCCACAACACCAGAUCACUCUUCUCUUCUUCAUCUCUCUCUUUCAGUAAGGUCUUAACCCCAUCGCUGAUCUCAACUCCCAAGCUUCAGAUCACCUCUAAUCCAUCCUCCAAAACAGCUUUCUCUUGCAGAAGCCAAGCCACUUCAUCAGAAUCAGAAAGACCCACUAAGGUUCAAGAACUAUGCGUUUACGAGAUAAACGAGCGGGAUCGCAACAGCCCUGCUUUCCUUAAAUUAAGCAAGAAAGAAGUUAACUCACUCGGAGAUCUAGUCCCUUUCAGUAACAAAUUGUACACUGGUUGUCUUCAAAAGAGGAUUGGGAUCACAGCUGGGAUAUGCAUUCUGAUCGAGAACAAAUCGGAGAAGAAAGGUGAUCGUUACGAGGCGAUCUACAGCUUCUACUUCGGUGACUACGGUCACUUAUCCGUACAAGGCUCGUAUUUGACGUACGAAGACACUUACCUUGCUGUGACCGGUGGGAGUGGAAUCUUCGAAGGGGCUUACGGCCAGGUGAAGCUGCAACAGCUCAUCUUUCCAUUCAAACUUUUCUACACUUUUUACUUAAAGGGUAUCAAAGGGGACUUGCCUGAGGAGCUUUUGGGGGUCCAUGUUGAGCCCAGCCCAGUUGUUGAGCCCACUCCAGCUGCUAAGGCCUGUGAGGCCCAUGCUGUUAUUAAAUCCUUCACUGAUUAAAUCGACUUAGUUAAUGAAUAGUUAGUUUAGUUUUAUGUGUUCUUUUCUUUUCUCAUUUUUUUUUCUUAAGAAUUUGUGUUGGGGUCCCUCUCUUUGAUUCUCUGUUGAUUCGUUUUUGGGAGUGAUAUCCUUUUGUAUCUUUCAGAAUCGAGAGAAUUAUCUUGGGGUUUGAGUGUGGUACUUGUGGCUUUAAUUUAUGAAAUGAAUAUUUAUUUAUAUA